AUGAAAGCUACUUUUGAAUAUAGACAGAAGCUGGUACAUGACCCAGAUGCAACAUCAUCAAUCUUGGAUGUCUUCCCUCAUUUCCUUGAUACACCGGGGUUGAUUGAUCAGGAUUUUGCAAUGAUGCUUGGAGAUGAGGCCUCUGGAAGAUUUCUUACAAAGUGGUCUUCGUAUUUCAAGCAAAAAAUCAUCGCCGAAAGCCAAAGUCUUCCAUCAAGUCCUUGUGUUGAGGAGUUACGAGCAUCUUUUGAUACGGAGGCUUCAAAUGACUGGGGCUGGGAUAGUGACAUGGCAGCCCUUCUGUUGUUGCUGCAUCUCCUGCCCCCAACAUCAAAAGGCCACACAAAAACAGCAAAAAUUAGCUCUGCACAGGCAGCCAAUCAUCUUGUGAGAUUCGUCAAGAAAGGAGUCAGCCUCACUACUUUCCUGGAGAAAGCUAACACCAGGCAGCCCUUCCUUCUCUGCAUUGGUGAGCAAAAGAAGAACAUUCAGAGGUUCUUCAUCAUUGUGGACCAGAAAGCUAUCCCCUGUGAUGCUCCAACUUCAGCAGCUGCUUUUGAUGGGCUUUUCAAAGCACACUUUGUCUUCAGCCUCUCAUAUGAUGAAGCUCUUUCCAGUUUCUACACCUUCAUUCAAACCACAAUCUACAACAUUGAUGUUGGAAACACAAAAGAAAGCCCUCGAGUCAAGGAACUGAGAGCACGUCUGCUGCGAGACCGUUAAAUGCCCGCAAGGUCCACACGCUUUUAGGAGGAUUU